AUGGCGCCGCAUCCUGACCUCUCCCGCGCGUCCAGCCAUCUCCAGCAGGCAAGCCACGACGAGCCACCGCAGCCCAGCAGCAAGAACCAAGUCCUCAUAUCCCACGGCAGGGCCCCCUGGUAUGGACCGGAUGGCCGCAAUGUCGAGGCAUAUGUAGUAGGCAUCGCAGGGGGGAGUGCUUCUGGAAAGACGUCCGUUGCUCGAGCCAUUUUAUCGGCACUCGACUAUAUCCCAACAGUCCUGAUUCUGUCACAAGACGCUUUCUACUGUGCUCAUACACCAGAGCAACUUGAGCUUGCCUUCAACAACGAUCUUGACCUCGAUCACCCGGACGCGAUUGAUAUGCCCCUGUUUGCCCAGUGUCUCAGUGAUCUCAAGCAAGGAAAAGCUACAGAGAUCCCUGUGUACUCGUUCGUGCACCACCAGAGGAUACCCGAGACAAAGUACAUCUAUGGCGCUAGUGUGAUUAUUGUCGAAGGUAUCAUGGCCUUGCAGUCUCCCGAGCUGAGAUCGCUCUAUGAUCUCAAAGUUUUUGUUAACUGUGACUCUGACCUGAUGUUGGCGAGGCGUAUAAGACGCGAUGUCAAGGAGAGAGGACGAGACGUCGAUGGGAUCCUGGAUCAAUAUCUCCGUUUUGUCAAGGACAGCUACGACAACUUUGUGCAGCCUUCAUCUCGAUAUGCCGACAUUAUUGUGCCCGGCUCUUCCAACCAUAUUGCCAUCGAACUCCUAGUAACACACGUCAAGCGUCAGCUAGAGUCUCGCUCCUUACGAUUCCGGAAGGUAUUGGCGCAUAUCGGUGAAGAUGGAGCAAGCACCUACGAAACGGACAGGCUAGACAAGCAGAUCACUCUACUAGCACAAACCAACCAGCUCCUCGGUAUCAUGACCAUCCUGCGAGACCGCACCACAUCCCGAGAAGAAUUCAUCUUCCACAUCGACCGAUUGUCCACCAUUAUUGUCGAAAAGGCCCUCACGCUCAUACUCUGCACCCCCAAGACAAUCAAGACCCCUCAACAAAACGUCUACCCCGGCGUCGCGCAAACCAAAAACCUCGUCGGUAUCUCCAUCCUCCGUUCUGGUCUUCCCUUCUCCCAGGGCCUUCGGCGAGUCGUGCGCGAUAUCCCCAUUGGUGGUAUCCUCAUUCAGUCCGACCCCAAAACGGGCGAGCCACUGCUAUUGAAGAGUGAUCUGCCGCACUGCGUCAAGUCGAAAGAGACGAGCGGGGAUGUCAAGUGUCUGUUAUUGGAUUCUCUUAUGGGCACCGGUGCCGCUGCCAUCAUGGCGAUCCGUAUACUCCUCGACCACGGCGUCAUUGCCUCCAACAUCAUCUUCCUCACUUACCUCAUCUCUCGUCCAGCUUCGUACGCCGUCCUCCGCGCCUUCCCCGACGUGCAGAUCGUCACAGCCGCCAUCGACCCCAAGCUUGACGAAAUGCGUAUUCCGGUCCACCCAGGAAGUUUGGUUCUGGGUGAAGCAGCCGGGGAGGGAGACUUUGCUGUGCGAUGGGCAGAUGAUGAGAAGGAAAGCGAAGAGAAGGAAAGGAUGGACCCGAAAGAGGUGUUGAAGACCGACUCUGAAGUGGGUGCUGAGCAUUUCAGGGUAAGGGCGAACAAGGAAAUGGAAGAGUACAAGUUCUCGAGGGGAAGGAGCGUGGGGAAGCAUGGGAGAAGCGACUCAUCACCGGCGGAGAAGAGGGCUUGGGUUAUAUCACCUGGCAUGGGUCAUGUCGGAGACCGCUACUAUCUUACAUAG